AACUGAUAGGAGUGCUGGCUGACAUCAAAAGGGGCAGUACUGCCUGCCUCAAUCCACAUCUUCCCAAGUUCUUCCACGUGGAAAUACCAGCACUUACUGUGAACGUGCCUUGAGCUGUGUCAAAGAGCUGCUCUGGCUAAAAACUGUUCAUCCCUUCUCCCUUGUCAGAUGAGAUUUCAACCAGAGCAGUUAUCCAGUCUUUUAGUGGCACAUAGGCUCAGGUUGUAGGGAUUUUUUUUGCCCCAUUUCUCAAAAGUUUUUCUUUGGCUUAAGAAAACUGAGGGACAAGUUUUUAAGCUUCUCCAUCUUGUAGCUUACGGGUUUAUGGUCCCCACCUGUUUGGUCAUUUGGUCUGCUGGCUUUGCAGGAGGAAAUGGGUGACUGCUUCAGUGCAGUUUGUCUGACUUGGCAUAAACUGGCCUUCACUGGCUGCAUGAGGUUUUCUUUGGUUCUGGAAGCAGCAGGGUGUUUGGUUGCCAACUGACCUGAUACUUGUGCUCCACCUUGGAAAGAUCUACAGUGGGAGACAUUUACCUUCACAUACCACACAGUUCUCUGCAUCAGAAGAAAGGGACUUCAUGUGUAAGAGUGGUUCAAGAGGAUGAUGUAAUGUUGAUAACACUGAAGGUGUCCUGAGAACAACUGACUUCAUAAAAGUCUUCUCCCUCCCCUCCUUUUUUUUUUUUUUUUUUUUUUUAAAAGUAACUUCCUCUCCUAGAAACUACAAGCAAGAUGCCAGCCAAGACUCCCAUCUACUUGAAAGCUGCUAACAAUAAGAAAGGGAAGAAGUUCAAACUAAGGGAUAUCUUGUCUCCUGAUAUGAUCAGUCCACCACUUGGAGAUUUUCGUCAUACCAUACACAUUGGAAAAGAGGGACAACAUGAUGUUUUUGGAGACAUCUCCUUUUUGCAGGGCAAUUAUGAGCUAUUGCCUGGAAAUGAAGGAGAAACCAGAGUUAGCCAGCCUGGUGGCCACAACGAAUUUUUAAGGGCAAACAGCACUUCUGAAUCCAUGUUUACAGAAACUCCAUCACCAGUGCUCAAAAAUGCUAUUUCCCUUCCUGCCAUUGGGGGUUCUCAAGCCCUUACGUUGCCCUUAUUGUCACCAGUGACAUUUAAUUCAAAGCAAGAAUCCAUCAGGUCAUCAAGAAAUCCUAGGCUUAGCUGUGAGCCAGUAAUAGAAGAAAAAUUGCAGGAGAAAAGUCAACAGAUGGAGGAUGAAGAAACAUACAAAGAUGAUAUAUGGGAGCAAAAUGGUUCCUCACAUUUUACUAAUGGUACAGACAGUCACUCAUCCAGCUUUUCUGAACGAUGCACUGAAUGGCAAACAGUUGAUUUAUUUGAUGACAGCCAACUUUCAUGUGAACUAACCAAGACAAAGACUAAGUCAGAAGAAUCCAUUUCAGAUCUUGCAGGCUCUCUUCUCUCACUGCAACUUGACUUGGGACCAUCACUUUUGGAUGAGGUCCUCAAUGUAAUGGACAAGAAUAAAUCUUAGAACUGGUACUCCCUUGCUUCUUUACAAAUUAUUCACUUAAAUGAGCAAGCAAGCAAAAAACAUGGCUAAAAAGUAGAGACACUUAAAAAUCAGCUGUAUUUGCAGUUGUUUGACGGGUUUUCUAAAAAUAUUCUUAAAUUGCUAUUUUUUUACCUAUUGUUUUUCAUGAUUUUUAUGACACUAAAUUCUCAUAGCAGGAAGGUUAAUUUUAAUAACAGUUUUCAGCAAAUAUAAAAUGUUUUUAAGUACCAGUAUUAAUGAUCAGAAACUGAAGAAACAGAGUUUGAGGAUGAUGCCGAUUGUGACAUUUGGUUAGUUCACUUCUAAGGGCUUCUGAAUAUAUGAGAAUCUAGAAGUGUCAGAAAGGAGACUGAUAUUAUUCACUGUUAUAAAUUAUUACAACAUCACUUUACAUGUAGGCCUCUUUCUAGAACUUUGUGUUUGAGGGUUUGACAGUGUUUUUCUUCAUUUUCCAUAGUAGUAUUUCUGUUAUACCUUCACUGUAACUACUUUCUUAGUCUCAUACUACCACUCUGUAUUCAGAUGUUAGCAAUUUGAACGCUUUUUCUGCUUGAACACCUGGUCCAGAGUCUCAGCUGCUUGAAAUGAGUAUGCACAAAUUUACAGAAAUUGAGGCUUGGGCCUGACAUUGUAUAUGAAAUGAUAUGUUGUAAACAAGUGACACAUGCAAGAUAUUACGGUUAAAUUAUUUUAAAAGUUGAAAUAUAUUUUUUGUGUGCAUAUUGGCUUUUUUCUGCAGGCCCUACACAUAGAGUAUCUCAUCAAAAUAGUUGCUUGGCAUUGUUGGUGCUCUUCUGAAAAUUGUGUAUCUGUGUGUUUGAAAAAGAAAUAUGUAUUGAUAGUCCUUGCUUUUUUUUUUCAUUUAUUGCCACACAUGCUUAAAAUUUACAACUGAUUAUUUUAAUUUUGGAAGAAGGCACUUGGUUAUUCACAAUGCUUGUGAUGUGUGCUGCAACAGCCAAUGUUUGGGGAAAUGUGGAUCCUUUAAUACAGUACCUACAUGGAUUGCAUAGCUAUUUUGUGCAAUACAAUAAAAAAAAACACAACAACA